AUGUACGCAGACGUGGAACGUCAUGUCAAGGAGUGCGUUGACUACGCGAGUGGUAACGGGCAUCCGUCUAACCCUGGCCCAUCUCCUGGAAACAUCGAACCAAGGUGGCCAUUUGAAGUAGUAUCGAUGGAUUCCGUGACGCACAUGCCGAAGUCAAGCGAUGAAGACAUGUUCUCAGGAUUCGUGAUGUGCACACCGAUGUCCUCCACCAUAGCUCAGGACGUAGCAGAAUCGUAUGAGGUGCGGGUGUUCAGGAUGUUUGGCGCUUCAGAAUUAACCCACCCGAUCAAGAUCCGAGGUUCAUGA